AUGGACCUCUAUGAGAUUAGGGGACGGCUGGAUGUCAUAGCAGAGGAGAUUGCACUGAGUGAAGACGAGGACCCCGCGCCUGUGGAUGAAGGCUCAAAAGAAGUCAGUAAGGAGCCCUUUGUUCUUGUCACAAAAAAACAGCCAGAUCCUCCCGCGUCUACUUUUCAGCGUUUCUCGGUGGGCACAAAUGAAUCCCUUACAUUUGAACCGUACGUGCCAUCAGAUGAAGAUGAGCCCAGUGAUCAGAGGGCCGUAGCUGGGCUGUUACUGGGCAGUGAUGAUGUAUUUGCAGGAGAACCGCUUGACAAUACUGAGGAAAUGGUGGAGGGGCUAACGGCAAAAAGUGAGAGCGAUCCUCCAGAUGUUUUCUGCAUGGACUGCAGAACUCCCACCCGAGGUUUCCAGAGGCGUUUUGGCCCCCACAAAAAUCACAGGGUUGUUCUCAUGGCCAAAGCAGCAGAGGAAAUUAAGAAUGAACUGAACAAAACCAAGGGGAAGUUGGGAGAAAAGAUAACUCAAAUGGAGAAUUUUGCAAGCAACUUGGAGGAAAUCUUUAUCACUGUAGAGGAGAAUUUUGGCAGACAGGAACAGAACUUGGAGCAGCACUACAACGACGUCCUUCAGACCUUGUCGCAGCGCUACGAUGAGCGGGCGUCGGCCCUGGAGGAGGAGAAGAAGGCGAAACUGGAGGCUCUGUACACACAGCUCCUGGACUGUGGAAAAACACUGGACACCUCCAAAGAACUGAUAGAGACCGCACAAGAACUCUACCGCAACGAGAACAAGUUUGCCUUUCUCCAGGCGGUAAUGCCAGUCAUUGAGAGGAUCGAGCAGUUUGCUACAGAUGAACCAGACCUCAAACUCUCUGCGUCUCUCGAGUUUGAAACUCCAAUAGCUGAUUUGUCUGACGUCAAACAAAUGAUGGACUCAAUUAAUGCUAUCCCAGCGCCCUCGGCUCCAGUAAUGAACCCCCAGAUUCCCGGCUCGGCCUUGCAGACGUGCGUGCGCGUGUGCUGGAGCCUCUUCUCAGACGACACCGUCGAGUACUAUGAGCUAUACAGUCGACUCGUCUCUGAGGACAUCAGCCAGGAGAUGGACACAGAAGCUUCUAUGGUGAAGGUGAAGGAGACACACUGCACUGUUAGCAACUUGCUUCCCAAUGCACAGUAUGAGUUUUGGGUCACAGCCACAAAUACGACUGGCAUAAGCCCUGCCAGCGAGAAAGCUGUUUAUAUGACAGUUCCAGCACCACCAGUAAUAAAGCCAAGAGAGUGCACCAGUUGUCAAGACGCCGCACUUAUCCGCUGGGAGUCCGGGAACACGAACCCCGUGGACUCCUACACCGUGGAGCUGAGUGAGGUUUCUGCUGACAACACCGAGAGCUCCAUCACUGAGUCCAUAGUGGCCAUCCCAACCUGUGAGUGCCUCCUUCAGUUACAGACAGGGAAGCGUUACCUCAUCUCAGUGAGAGCCGUCAACAUCGGCGGGCCCAGUGAGAGGAGUCAGCCCAUUACUGUGUCUACAACAGGCACCUUUUUCCACCUGCUGGAGGACACAGCCCACCCGUGUCUGUCCGUGUCCGGGGACGGCUUCACCAUGUUCUACUUGGAUGAGGAACUUCCUCUAAGUGAAAUGACCUUCAGUGACAAUACGUUCGCAAGGUGUGUGGCAGUGCUGGGUGACCUGAUUCCCAUCAGGGGCAAGUACUACUGGGAAGUGGAGGUGGAGGAGAGCACAGAGUACAGGAUUGGUGUGGCCUACGAGGACACGCAGAGGAACUCGUAUCUGGGGGGAAACAACUCGUCUUGGUGUAUGAGACACGUUUUGACUCCGUCCAGACACAAAUAUGAGUUUCUGCACAACGGCUGGACUCCCGACAUCAGGAUAACGGAGCAUCCACUGAAGAUCGGAGUGUAUCUGGACUAUGACCAAGGAAAGCUGUCGUUUUUCAACGCAGACCUGGCCCAGCACCUCUAUACCUUUCACUGCCAGUUUCUCCAUUACGUGCUUCCCUGUUUCGCCCUGGACAACCCCGGAGCCCUCACUCUGCUCAACGGCAUGGCUAUUCCCGACUACGCCAAACUGCCAUGA